ACAAGCACCACCGCCCACGACUCUCCAUAACAACAACAACGACAAUCCUCUAGACUGGUGCUAAGGGAUUGAAUUUGUCCUACAUCAUUCGAAAUGCCGGCAUACCACUCCAUCUUCCUCGAGGACCGGGAUGUCCCCGUGAUAGGCAACUUCCCCGUCCUCCCCAUCCGCACCCGCACCCGCGGCCCCGCAUACACCCUCCCCCCACUGCCCCCCAACACCCUCGACAUCGACGUCCCUCCAGACAGCGAGUCCUACGACUGCAUCGACGAGAUCCUCUCGCUCUUCCGCGCCAACGUGCUCUUCCGCAACUUCGAGAUCAAUGGCCCCGCGGACCGCAUGCUUAUCUACGGAACGCUGUUUAUCAGCGAGUGUUUGGGGAAGGUGAAGCCGACGAUGGCGGCGAGGGAGGCUGAGAAGGCUCUUAUCAACGCUGCUCUCGAUCAUUUCGCGAUUCCCGGUGACGUGUCGUUUCCGUUUAAUCAGGCCUUUGAGCCUCCGAGGGAUCGUCAGGAUGCGGAGACGUUGAGAUCGUACAUUGCCCAAGUACGACAGGAGAUUGCUAUUCGUCUGCAUGCGAGAUUAUACCCCGGUGGCGUUGGUCCUUCGAAGUGGUGGCUCAGCUUCGCAAAGAGAAAGUUCAUGGGCAAGAGCUUCUAGAUGGUAGAUACUGGACGUUGCUUUCGUUGAUCAUAUUUCAGCGUAUGAAGGUUGUUUCUUUUUUCCUUUCAUGUUCUGUAAAGCUAGGCGAGUUAAUUGAUACACCUUAUUACACCUUCGC